AAAGUUUUCAAUCAACCAAAGGCUUCUAUCCCAAUCUAUCAGUUCAGUAUUCAAGUCCACCAUUCGAGCACCUAUCUUGAUAACUUCAGAGCAGGAAGAAGGUAUCGCCUCCAGCUUUAAUGGCCUCCGCCACUCUCUCCACUGCUGCUUGCCCUUCUCAGCUCUGCUCCAGUAAAAAUGGAAUUUAUGCACCAUCGCACGCUCUGCUCUUCAAGCCUACAAAAUUUUUGAGCUUGGGGAAGGACAGGAGAAUGAAGAUCGCAUGCCAGGCUACAAGCAUUUCAGCUGAUAGGGUUCCAGAUAUGGGCAAGAGGAAGCUCAUGAACCUUCUUCUUCUUGGAGCACUUUCAUUGCCAACUGGAGCGAUGCUGUUUCCUUAUACCUAUUUCUUUGUUCCUCCUGGUGGGUCAGGUGGUGGUAGCGGAACUUUUGCUAAAGAUGCCCUUGGAAAUGAUGUUGUGGCCGCUGAAUGGCUCAAAAUUCAUGGACCCGGUGAUAGAACUCUCACUCAAGGAUUAAAGGGAGAUCCUACUUAUCUUGUCGUAGAGGCUGAUAGAUCUCUUGCAACCUACGGAAUCAAUGCUGUCUGCACCCACCUUGGUUGUGUUGUUCCAUGGAAUUCGGCCGAGAACAAGUUCAUCUGUCCCUGCCACGGAUCCCAGUAUAACUACCAAGGCAAGGUUGUUAGAGGUCCUGCUCCUUUGUCAUUGGCAUUGGCUCAUGCGGAUAUAGAUGAAGGGAAGGUUUUAUUUGUUCCCUGGGUAGAAACUGAUUUCAGAACCGGUGAAGAUCCUUGGUGGUCCUGAACUCUCUGGACUGUUCAUCAACAAAGAAAAAGAGCAGGAACAAGAUCUGUUUGUUUGAAUAUUCUGUCAUUGAAGAAGAAAAAAAAACAUUAUUUUCCCAAAGCUUCAUGAUGUUGUGUUAGGGAAGAGCAAUGUGGACAUCAAUAUUCUAUUAAUUAGAAAAAGGGAUAAAAAAUGAAUGUUAUGUUUGCAACUUUAAUUACUUGUUUUAAAUGAUAUGCUAUAUGUGAUUACUGCUAAUGAUUUUCUGGGAAUGUAUGGAAAACUGUUAUAUGUUAAAUGGAUAUAAUCAUUCUGCUUUUA